UCUUAUAGUAGGUACUGCGCUAAUUUAUACUAUUUGAAUCACAGUCACCAAUCAAUACAAUACUCAAAUUACAUUAUAAAAUCUUCAUAAGUAUCGAAUAGUUUCAAAACAGUUUUAAUUUCAUAAACUAAUUUAACAUUCUAAAUCCGAGUUUAUUUUUUUGAUAAAUUAACAUGUAUUUGAAAAGUAUACUGUUUUUUUCCGUGACGUCAUUCUUUUUCCAAUGUCAAGGUGUCCCCCCAACUCAAGAACAGAAAACUAUGAUUAAAGAAAAAAUCGCGUCAAAAGUGGGAGAUGAUGGCAAAAUGGACUUUACUCAAUUAAAAAAUGUAAUAAACGAAGUAGGACAUACAAUAGUCAAAAACCUUGAUGUAAACAAUAUGGAUUUCGGUUUUCGAUAUACAAAUGACCAAGCUGUAAUCGCCAUCCUGUCGUAUACAGCUAAAACAAAUCCAAGUUUACUUAGAUUAGUUAGAGGUAUAUUCGAGCAAAUUAUGAAGCAAGAUCGCGUCGUAAAAUUUGAUAGAAUAAAAGCUAUAUGUGUCAAAGUAGCUAAGGAUGCUGACAUACCAGAAGCCAAUAUGGAUAUAUUUGAAAGCCUAGAAUCACAAUCAGACCGUAGGUUUCAUAAAUAUGAUGUUAUGACCUAUGCCCUAGCGUUUGCUGCUACAAAAGAACCAGAAUUAAAGGAAAUAGUAAAAAGAGAGGUACGACGCAAGACCGGUGAUUUAAAAAAUUAUACAGAUAUCAAAGCAUUAUGCCAAACAGUAGCAGAUAAAGCGCCGCAAGUAACCAUAGGAGCACCAGACAAAGAGGAAUUCUUGGCCCAUUGGAAAUAUGGGACAUUCACAGCGGAAACAGUUGAAAAUAUGAUCUAUCGAGGUUUUUUUCCUUCAUAGUUUGAUUAUAACAUUAACUGUUCUUGAAUUACUGCAUGUAUGUAAUUUUUCACAUAUUCA